CUUGUUUUUAUCCUGGGUGCUCUUCUUUUAUAGCUACUCGUAUUCUUUGUAAUAUUGUGGAGAAGGAAUCUCCCACGAAACUUUUCCCUUUACGCUUCUGUGGGGGAGAGACGCUCAGAGGAGGAACCAGGAUCCCUGGGCUGCAUAAACAAGGAAGGCAGGAGUCCAUCUAAGCAAAGCUGGAAGGAUUUCACCUUGUUGCUGUUUGUUUUAGAUUUUCCCUUCCCCCGCCCCGGACGCUAUCCGGCUGAGGGUUUGUUUCGUUGUUGCUUCUUAACCGGCCAGAAGAAAAACGCUUUACGUGUGAGAGGUGAUUUUUGUCGUCGUCGCCCUGCAAGACACGGAUCUGCACCUAUGCUCGAGGAGGAGGGAAAUAAGAUCAACUGAGGUUUUCCCUACCUCCGGCUGAACGUGAGAGUUCAAGUGACACCCCCACUGGCCUGUGGCUGACUGACUACACAGCUAGCUGGCAUCACAGCCAGAGCUGCUAAAUUUACCUGGUCGAGGACUCUUCAAACCCUUCUGUUGACGGUAGAGAUUUGUAUCCAAAGGAAAAUCGGAUUAAUAUAACUAUGCAGAGCUUUGCGGGGAUAUCUGGCGACUACCCUGUCUGCAUGGCUAAUUUUGAAAUUGUCUGAAAUAAAUCCUUAGCACAAGGAACAGCGAGAUACUUUCUCCUCGUUUUAGGUUUUUCUUUUCUUUGUCGCUUUUUUCCUCGUACAGGAAUUUAACACUUCCAUAUCAAGGUUUUUACCGGGGAAUGGGAUACAUGCCGGAAAACUCACCACGUUUCAUAAAAAUCACAGAGGUAACAGUUUCCGUCAUCCUUGUGGUAUGAAAGGUACUCUUUGGAUUGUCUCCUGGUGGCUAAGAUGGAUCAGUCUUCCUCUGUGCUAGAAGAUCCGAAUUUACAAAAAUACUGACACCGAUAAACUUACUCCCUCUCUGGUGAAGGCAUUGGAUGUGACAGUGCAGAGAAACAUGUGUUUCACAUUUCUGACUGGUUGUUUUGGUGCAAUCAAUACCUCCACAAAAUACAGUGACUUAAGUGGUGAUUAUAAUACAGUGAGGCAUACGGAGUGCUGCUUUCGGCUUGCAUGCGAAGUGAGCACAAAUCAAAGACUCCUCAGUUCCUGUAGAGUGGGGGCUUCUGUUCCCCCCAAACUCCAGGGCGAAGGCAGCGGGCGAUGUUCCCAAACCACCAAAGAGAACCCGGCCUCGGGGUGCGGAGUGAGCAAUGACCAAAGCGCUGUCAGGAGUGGCAGGCAGUCGAAUUGGAUGGGGAUCAGUGAGACAAUAAUGGUUGGAAGAAAGGUGGAUCGCGAAAUUAUUGCCCGAAGGAAUAGCUGGGGAGACGGAACGAUGAUAAAGUUAAACUUCUGUUUCUUCUUCUGUCGGGGAUGGUGGGCGUUUCUGUUGCUUCAGCUCCACAUGUUGCAAGCACUGGCACAAGAUGAUGUUGCACCGUACUUCAAGACUGAGCCAGGCUUGCCCCAGAUACACUUGGAAGGAAAUCGUCUUGUGCUGACGUGCCUUGCUGAAGGCAGCUGGCCCUUGGAAUUUAAGUGGUUACGCAAUGACAGUGAAAUAACCAACUACUCCAGUGAAUAUAAGUACAUCAUCCCAGCUUUGCAGAGGUCUGAUGCUGGUUUUUAUCAGUGUGUUGUACGAAACAGGAUGGGGGCAUUGCUGCAAAGAAGAUCGGAAGUUCAAGUGGCAUAUAUGGGAAAUUUUAUGGACACAAACCAGCGAGAAACAGUGACUGAAGGACAAGCUGCAGUUCUAAACUUCCUGCAUAUAUUCAGCUAUCCAAGACCACAAGUGACAUGGUUUAGAGAUGGGCACAAGAUUAUACCAAGCAGCAGAAUGGCCAUAACAAUGGAGAAUCAGCUGGUGAUCCUUGCAACGUCUGCAACAGAUGCAGGAGGCUACUAUGUCCAAGCUGUCAAUGAAAAGAAUGGUGAGAACAAGACAAGUCCGUUUAUUCAUCUCAGCGUAGCAAGUGCUGGCGACCCAUCCGACACGGUGGCUCCUGUCAUCGUAGUCCCUCCGCAGAAUACGAGCGUUGUAGCCGGCAGCGGUGACGUCACGCUGGAGUGUGUGGCCAGUGCCAGACCUGUUGAGAGACUAAGCAUGUCUUGGAAGAGAAAUGGAAUAAAAAUAACCAGCGGAAUUAGCAGUUUUGGGAGACGUCUCACUAUCACCAACCCAACCUCUGCUGACGUUGGGAUGUACUUCUGUGAAGCAAAAUUGAGAGACAGCACCGAGGAACCAGCAGGAGCGAAAGCCUUCCUUUCUAUAAUGGAACCACCAUAUUUUACUGCUGAGCCUGAGAGUCGGAUUUUGGCUGAAGUGGGGAAAGACGUGGACAUCUUGUGCCAAGCUAUGGGUGUCCCCGUUCCCACCCUGGUCUGGUAUAAGGACUCAGUUCCUCUGAGCAAGCUGCAGAACCCUCGCUACAAAGUACUGCUGAGCGGUGGGCUGCGGAUUCACGGGCUGCAGCCUGAGGACUCUGGGAUCUACCAGUGUUUUGCAAGUAAUAAAGCUGGGGAGAUGCAGACGUACACCUGCCUGGAUGUAACUAACAUUAAACCAGCAUUUCUACAGCCUCCAGUGGAUACUACUGUUACCGAGGGGAUGACUGCAGUGCUAACGUGUGAAGUUUCAGGGGCUCCAAAACCUGCCAUCUCAUGGAAGAGAGGGAACCAGAUCUUAGCCAGCGGCUCAGUGCAGAUUCCUCGGUUCAUUCUUCUUGAAUCAGGAGGGCUCCAGAUAACACCCGUUUUCCUUCAGGAUGCUGGCAAUUAUACUUGCUACGCAGUCAAUUCUGAAGGAGCCCUGAAUGCCUUUGUGCUGCUGACAGUGUGGAAUCGGACUUUUAUUGUUCACCCUCCCGAGGAUAGCACGGUGAUCAAAGGAACCACAGCCACUCUGCGAUGUGAGGCAACUCAUGAUCCUCGAAUUUCAGUCAGGUAUGUUUGGAAGAAAGACAGUGUUGUAAUAAAUCCAUCCAGCAGUUCCAGGAUUACAGUAGAGAAAGGUGGAACCCUCCUCAUCAGCCAAACAUGGUCAGGUGACAUCGGAGACUAUACUUGCGAGGUCAUUUCUUUUGGAGGAAAUGACUCCAGAAUGGCUCGACUAGAAGUGAUUGAACUGCCUCAUUCCCCUCAGAAUCUUCUGGCCACUCUGAAUUCCUCGUACAGCCGCAGCGUGAUGCUCUCCUGGGUGCGUCCCUUUGACGGGAACAGCCCUGUUCUCUACUACAUGGUAGAGCUAUCUGAGAACAAUUCUCCCUGGAAGGUCCACCUAUCAAAUCUUGACCCAAAGAUGACCAGUGUCACUGUGAGGGGACUAACUCCAGCUCGAACCUACCAAUUUAGGGUGUGUGCUGUUAACCAGGUGGGAAAGGGCCAGUACAGCUCUGAGACCAGCAGGUUGAUGUUACCUGAGGAGCCUCCCAGCGCCCCGCCUAAAAACAUAGUGGCCAGUGGGCGCACUAAUCAGUCGAUCAUGGUCCAGUGGCAACCUCCUCCUGAAAGUGAACAUAAUGGAGUUCUUCAUGGGUACAUCCUAAGGUAUCGCCUGGCAGGGCUCCCUGGGGAAUACCAGUAUAAGAACAUCACCAGUGCCGAAAUUAACUACUGCUUAGUGAAAGACCUUAUCAUUUGGACCCAGUAUGAAAUCCAGGUGGCAUCUUACAAUGGAGCUGGGCUGGGAGCAUUCAGCAGACCUGUGGCAGAGUACACUUUACAGGGAGUGCCUACAGCUCCGCCGCAAAACGUGCAAGUAGAAGCUGUGAACUCCACAACCAUUCAGUUCCUCUGGAGCCCUCCACCCCAGCAGUUCAUCAAUGGUAUUAACCAAGGAUACAAGCUUCUCGCAUGGCCAGUGGAUGCACCAGAGACCGUAAAUGUGGUCACUAUUGCUCCAGAUUUUCAUGGUGUUCAUAGCGGCUACAUCACCAACCUGAAGAAAUUCACUACUUACUAUACAUCUGUUCUGUGUUUCACCACACCUGGCGAUGGACCACGAAGUACACCCCAACUCCUGCGCACCCUUGAAGACAAGCCGGGAGCUGUGGGACACCUGAGCUUUACUGAAAUUCUGGACACGUCUCUCAAGGUCAGCUGGCAAGAACCUGUAGAAAAAAAUGGCAUCAUUACAGGCUACCAGAUCUCCUGGGAGGUGUAUGGCAGGAAUGAAACUCGUCUUGCCCGCAUGUUAACCAACAUGACUCUCGAGUACAAAAUUACGGGGCUUUCAUCUCUCACCACCUACACAAUUGAGGUGGCAGCUGUGACUGCAAAAGGGAGCGGAUGGGUCACUUCCUCCACCAUCUCCUCUGGUGUGCCCCCAGAACUUCCAGGUGCUCCAUCCAACCUGGUGAUUUCCAACAUCAGUCCUCGCUCUGCCACUCUUCAGUUCCGGCCAGGGUAUGAUGGCAAAACCUCCAUCUCCAAGUGGAUAGUUGAAGGCCAGGUUGGUGUUCUGGGUGAUGAAGAAGAGUGGGUGAAUCUUCGUGAGGUGGAGAAUGAGCCUGAUGCUCAGAUGCUGGAGAUACCCAACCUUAUUCCUUACACUCAUUACAGGGCUCGGGUGCCCGUUUUGUAUAAAAGAGGCCCCCAGAAGUUUGCAAAGUAUUGGCAAUGUGUGCUGUGUGAUAAUGUGCUUUUUCUUUGUCUUGUUUGCCAGCCCCUCCCCGACACGCAGUAUAAUGGCAAUCCCGAAUCAGUGGGGUACCGGCUAAAGUUCUGGCGAGCGGACCUGCAAUCUCUCCCGCUGAUGAAGGUUAUCAACGACCGGUUGGAGAGAGAGUACACGAUUGAAGAUCUGGAGGAAUGGACAGAAUAUGAACUGCAAAUUCAGGCUUUCAACGCCAUUGGGGCAGGACCAUGGAGUGAAGUAGUGCGAGGUCGUACACGGGAGUCCGUUCCCUCUGCUCCUCCUGAGAAUGUGUCUGCCGAAGCGGUGAGCUCUACCCAGAUCCUUCUGACAUGGACCGCAGUCCCCGAGUCCGAGCAGAACGGGCUCAUCCUGGGUUAUAAGAUCCUUUUUAAGGCAAAAGAUUUAGACUCUGAACCAAAGAACCAAGUAAUAAGAGGUAAUCACACUCAGUCUUUCCUGCUUUCUGGCUUGCGGAAAUAUGUGCUCUACGAGAUCCAGGUAUUAGCAUUCACUCGGAUUGGAGAUGGAGUCCCCAGCUCUCCUGCAGUUAUAGAGAGAACCAAGGAUGAUGCCCCCGGGCCACCUGUGAGGCUGGUGUUCCCCGAGGUGAGGCUCACGUCGGUACGGAUUGUUUGGCAGCCACCGGAGGAGCCCAAUGGGAUUAUUCUGGGAUAUCAAAUUGCCUACCGCCUGGCCAGCAGCAGCCCUAACAAGUUCACAACGGUAGAGGUUGGCUCAACAGUCAGGCAGUUCACUGCAACAGAUCUCGCCCCUGAGUCAGCAUACAUCUUUCGGACAUCUGCCAAGACCAGACAGGGUUGGGGGGAGCCACUGGAAGCUACGGUGAUCACUACAGAAAAACGAGAACGACCAGCACCUCCCAGGCAGCUGAUGACCCCCCAGUCUGAUGUGUCAUCACGAAGUCUGCAGCUAAAGUGGGUCCCUGGAAGUGAUGGAUCUUCACCAAUACGCUACUUUACUGUACAAGUGCGAGAACUGCCAAAUGGAGACUGGCAAACCUACUCCUCAUCCAUCAGCCAUGAGGCUACAUCUUGCAUUAUUGAAAGCUUGAACCCAUUUACCUCUUACAAACUGCGAGUGAAGGCAACUAAUGAUAUUGGAGACAGCGACUUCAGUGCAGAGACUGAAGCAGUCACAACUCUGCAGGAUGUUCCAGGUGAACCACCCAGUUCUGUGUUAGUAACUCCCCACACUACUUCAUCUGUCCUUGUGCAGUGGCAGCCACCAAAGGUCGAGAGUCUAAAUGGCUUGCUGCUGGGAUACCGGAUCUACUAUCGGGAGCUGGAUUAUGACACCGGAUCUGGAACAGAAUCCAAAAGCAUCAAGAACCCCUCAGCUUUGCGAGCGGAGCUCACACCCCAAAGCAGCUUCAAGACAGUGAACAGCAGCUCUGCAUUAACAACGUAUGAAUUAACACAGUUGAAGAAAUACAAGAGAUAUGAAGUUUUAAUGACAGCAUAUAAUGUAAUUGGUGAGAGCCCUACCAGCACACCGGUGGAAGUCUUUGUGGGUGAAGCAGCACCAGCCAUGGCCCCGCAGAACAUCCAAGUAAACUCCCUUUCCGCAAGCCAGCUGGAGCUCACCUGGGACCCCCCUCCUGUCGACAGCCAAAAUGGGAACAUACAAGGCUACAAGAUUUAUUACUGGGAGAGUGACAUCCAAAAUGACACGGAGAAAGUGAAGGUCCUCUUCCUCCCGGAGACAACAGUCCGGCUCAAAAACCUGACCAGCCACACACGCUACAUGGUCUGCAUUUCUGCUUUCAAUGCAGCUGGAGAUGGUCCAAGGAGCAGCCCAUCACAGGGCAGGACACAUCAGGCUGCACCCAGUGCUCCCAGCUUCUUGGCGUUCUCCGAAAUCACUUGCACAACACUCAAUGUAUCUUGGGGCGAGCCGACAGCUGCAAAUGGAGUCCUGCAGGGUUAUCGAGUAGUCUAUGAGCCUUUGGCUCCGGUCCAGGGGGUGAGUAAGGUGGUGACCGUGGACAUAAAAGGAAAUUGGCAACGCUGGCUGAAGGUCCGAGAUCUCACCAAGGGCAUGACCUAUUUAUUCCAAGUGCAAGCCAGAACCAUUGCCUAUGGGCCUGAAUUGCAAGCCAAUGUCACAGCGGGGCCAGCAGAAGGGUCUCCUGGCUCCCCUCAGGAAAUUCUGGUGACAAAAUCUGCUUCUGGACUGACGCUGCAGUGGACUGAGGGAGAUUCAGGAGAAAAACCCACAACUGGAUACAUUAUAGAGGCACGGCCCUCAGAUGAAGGACUGUGGGAUAUGUUUGUGAAGGAUAUCCCUCGCAGCGCUACCUCCUACACAGUCAGCCUGGACAAGCUGAAGCAGGGGGUGACCUAUGAAUUUAGAGUGGUGGCUGUCAAUGAAUUUGGCUAUGGAGAGCCAAGCGUUCCCUCUGUGGCAGUAUCAGCACAAACAGAAGCCCCUUUUUAUGAGGAGUGGUGGUUUCUGCUGGUGAUGGCUCUCUCUAGUCUGAUCCUCAUCUUGUUAGUGGUGUUUGCAUUGGUCCUGCAUGGCCAGAGCAAGAAAUACAAGAACUGCAGUGCAGGUAAAACCAUCUCCAAUAUGGAAGAGUCAGUCACCCUGGAUAAUGGAGGCUUCACUGGUCUGGAGCUCAACAGCAGGCACCUAAACAUCAAGAGCACCUUCUCAAAGAAAAAUGGUACCAGGUCUCCUCCUCGCCCAAGCCCUGGGGGGCUGCACUACUCUGAUGAGGAUAUCUGCAACAAGUACAAUGGAGCUGUGCUAACCGAGGGCUUAGGCCUGAGCGAGAAGCCCUUGGAAGUAUCAGAGUCAGAGGCCACUGACUCAGAUUACGAAGAUGAGCUGCCAAAGCACUCCUUCGUGAACCAUUACAUGAGUGACCCCACAUACUACAAUUCUUGGAAGCGCCAGCAGAAAGGGGUGAAGCACCCAUCAUCCUACAGAUAUGAGGAGUGCGCGGCGAGCGAGGCAGAACCCUAUUUCCAGACUGUCAUCACGACACAGAGCUCAGGAGGGGUGUACACCCCAACGGGACAGCCCGCGCCCGGCUCCCGGACUCCAGUGACAGGGUUCUCCUCCUUCGUCUGACACCGGCGGGGACGAACCAGCACAGCCGAACCUCCGGCGGAGCUCCGAGUGACCCGUCACAGUGACUGUGUGUGUGCGACCAGUGCGGUGAACUCUGUGGGUAUCUUCUCUAUCAGGGUAGAAUGGAUGGGAACACGAAUGAGGCUAUUUUUUUUCUGAAGACAAUCAACUCUAAAAAUAUGGAGCUGAACUAGCUGAACCUUUCUUUAAAAAAAAAAAAAAGUUCUGAAAAGUGACAAUUUUAACCACUUGUGAAUAGUAGGGGUUUUUUAACUGCUUUUUUGUAACACGGCUUCAGGAAGCAGCUCCCAUAUCCUUCUCUUCCCUUUUUCUUUUUCUCCCCCCCCCUCUUAUCCCCCGUUCCCAAACAAGGAGGUGAAUUCCCUAGAUGCAAUGAGUGACUUUGUGAUGUGAUCUGAAGAGAAAAUACAUGAGACCUCCCAGGUUCCUUUUUCUUUCCUUUUUUUUUUUUUUGAUUUUCUCCAUCAUCAGGGUCAAGUAGGAAAAUAUAGAGAAAGGACAAAUAUCUACAUGAAAAGCAGGCACCUCCUCUCUCCUCUUCUCAUUGCUGUACCCCACGUUAGGAGCACCGGCUGAUUAACUCAGGCUCAGAUGUGUCACUGUCUGCUCUAGGCUCACUACUGGUGUUUUCGUACUGAAUUGCUGACCUGCUUUUCGUUCUUGUUCAAAUGGGGCCUGCUGCAUUCUUGAAAUAUUCCAACUCCAGGACCUUUAGGAGGGGAGAUGGCUCAAAAGAGAGCCCUAGACAGCAGUGGGUGAAGCAAGUGAGAAGAAUUAAGAUGCAAGGUCAGUUUAUAUUUGCUGUGGCCCUAAUUCUCCCCUGUGGACUGCAUAUGCCAUUUGAAUUGUACAUUUUUUUAAAAGUCAAAGGACAUAACCCAGCAGGCCAGGGGAAACUUUCAAUUAAGAUUGCAGUGACAGGCUAGAGAGUCCAUUAAUUGGUGAAUUUUUUGAUCAUCAAAAUUAUCCUGUCCUAUCAAUAGAAGUUGAGCCUCAUUUUGUGCCCAGAUUCUGCAGCACUGCUUACUGAUCUGUCAAAAAGUGUAUGGUAGCUGGGUUUGUUUGUUUGUUUGUUUGUUUUUUUAGUGCAAAGACACGUCACACAGAUUGGGUGAAUUUUGGUGUCCACAGGUGCCUUUUAUUGAUUCUGCAGCUUUGUGUCUGAGGGAAGCAACAAAGUGUCUCCAAAUAAAGCUAACCAGGUUUUUUUAAGCAUUAGGGUCAUGAAUUAUCUUGUACACGUUUACAGGCUGCUUUAUGCACUUCCAGCUACAGCUUUUUAAAGAAAGAGAGGGGAUUUUUAGUUUGUUUUCCAUGCUUUUGUACAGCUCCCUUUUUGUUUCCUUCUUAUUCCCCUGCAGAACUGCAACCAGUUUAUCCUUUUACUGAGUCCGUUGUGUUUAGCAGCAAAUUAUUUUGCUCACAAGGAAGCUGUCAUGUGCUUAAAGAAUCCCAGUCCAGCCCUUGGACCUAGGAACAGUCCUGGAUUGCUGGACUUUUUACUGCAAGUGUUUGAAAGGGGGAUUUGGAAGUAGGCAUGCCCUUGUCACUCCAGCAUCCAGCAUUUCCUCCCAGAUGGGUAUAGAAGAGGCAGGAUAAUAGGCAUCCUGCCGCUUGCUAAUGUCCCGUCAGGGCACAUGUGGGCAUUGUUACUAUUGGAAAUUGUCCUUACCCUCUCUGGAGGGAUGUGGGACAGUGGUGGCACUGCCUGCUGGUGGUCUUCAAGGCAGGUCGUUGAAACCAACCUGGCAUUGAUUACUGCUGCUGCCCAUCAGGGCUGGUUAGCACCUCACCUGAGCAGGUGAGAUCCGAGGGCAAGCUCAGCACUGCUAUCACCUUUCAGUGCCUCUGUGACAAGGCAAACGAACUCAGAACUGCUUUUAUUCUUUGGCACUGCCUCUGAGCACUGCUGCUCUUGGUGCAUACUGAUUCUGGAUUGAGGUUCCUCUCCAAAGGCUCCGGAAAGAAAAAGUUCAAAACCAAAAAUUCCAGUGUGUGUGUGUAUUCAAGGGCUUUUGAAUUUGAGAUAAUGAUCCACAGCUCAUUAGAUGGCAAAUGACUUGCAAAGACGUAGGCUUGAGCCAAAACCCUGUGAGCCAUCCCCUUUUCUGCACCUGGAUAGGAUCUGUGUGGGAAGGAGAAGAGGCUCCAAAGAGGAUGACAUGAGAUUACUGUGAAGAGGAACGCAAAACAAACAAACAAAAAGCGCUGCCUUCUGUGCACUUUGACUGUUCUCUUAAGCCAUAUGGACUUUGCUUUAAUUACUCAACGGGCAAAAAUUUGUUCUCAGUCUAUCAUUUGAGUUUUUUGUUUCUUAGACAAAAUUAUCUGUGUGACUUUCUGAUUUGUUUUCUUUCUCCCUUGUUAUUUCCUGCAUCAGAUUACAUAUUUUAGACACCCUGUUUUCUAUACAUGUGACAUAGCAGUGCAGUUGCUGUUGGCGUUUUAGUGGUGCUCAUCCAACAGCUGUGAGAGGUAGUGUUACGGGAAAAGAUUUCCAAGGACCACUGCGGAAGUUAGCUAUAGAGGUUAGAAGAAAACAGAUCAAGCUACUGAAGAGCUUGCUCCGAAGGUAAGCAUAGCUCCACAUCUCCUGCAGGUAUUGCCAGAUCUGGAUUGAUGUGAGGUGCAGCUAGUCCCUGGGGUUAUUGUGAUACCGCAUUGAGCCAAAAAGCAAGGAAGCCACGUAGAAUAAAGGAAUUGGACUUCACGGCGCUGUUCCGCUGAAGAAGAACAUGGGGAACAGCAAGAUCUGUACUAAGCAAGGAGAAGAGAUUACCCAUUCUUCCUCAGAGCCAUCUGCAGCUAAAAUGUUCCAGCGUGCUGAGGGCCUGCCGAGUUGGCUGUACGGCCCUUUUCUUCUGACUGCCUCCAAACUAAAACGUCAGGUGUGAUUCUUUUAGGACCUGUUGAUCUGAACAAAGGAAUUUCUGUUCCAUGCCAGUGCACGCUACUGUCCCUGUGGGGUUUUGUUUUGUUUAGGGGUUGGCUUUUCUUACAUGCGGGUUUAUUUUUUUUUAAGCAUUCACAGGGCGUGGAUGUGCCCUACCCUGCUCACCCCUGAGAUAAGAGUAGGAGGUGUAUUCUCCUGCCCACUGCUUCGUGUAGCUACAUGCAUGAUGCCUGUACCUUGUUGUUAGCAUGCUGUAUUCGUAAAAUAUGAUUAAUAGGUAUGUUUUAUUUACCUCAGGUAUCAGGUAAAUUGUUCUAUCUGGAAGGAAACACCCAUCAGUUAGCAAGAAAGCUCUCUUUCAUUGCUGUAGUCUUUGAGAGUCACAGUCUUGAAAUAUGACUUUUAAACAUUAGCUGUCCUGUUAAAAUAACUUCACCCAUGAAACUCACUUUUGUUUCAUCUUAUUGUUCAGAGCAGUCUUGAAAAAUGAAGGCUUAUAUUUAAAACUCCUUCCUAGGAUAUUUAAUUUGUAUUUAUUUAUUUACUUUCCCUUGUUUCUCCGGUCUCUUGAUGGCUCUCAUUAAGAAACCAAAACAGCCUCAUGAAAUGACCGAGAGAGACAUUUCAGGGAGCGGUUUAAUAGGAGCUCAUUUUUCAUGCAAUAGCCAUGGAACUAUCCAGUUUCCUACCAGAAAAGAGUGCCCACGUCUUCACACCCCUCCCAGGGCUGAGAGGACAUCCGCCACCACUGUCAGGCAUGCUACCAGCACUCCCAGUGAGUACCGAACCUCAGGUUGUCUCUGUAAUAAAUCCUGCUCUGGUGCAAAAGCGCACACGAGUAAAUAAGCCAUCCAAGGCCCCUUGUGCUGUUCCAGCCCGUUCUCAAUGGAGCAUUAUGUUCCCCCCAAAAGUCUGUUUCACACAUGGACCUUGGCUGUUUGGGUGCGAGCAGCAGUAGUGAGAAGGGACAGGAGAGGGCACUGUUUUAUUUGCAUCAGUGACAGCCUCUUUUUCCCCCACCCUGGGAGUUACCAGGUGGAAAUGCUUUCUCGGGGAGGGCAGGGAGAAGCCUCAGCAGAACAGAGCAGAGGGUUUCAGCAACAUUUACUAAAGGAAUCACACUGUGGUCAGCAAUCCUGCUUUUGGAAACUCUUAGCAUUGUGGGAGAGAAGGGAAAAAAGCAUUUGAAAAAGGAAACUGGUCCAUUAUCCAACAGGACUUUUUUCCUCCUCCUUUUGCGUCUUAAAGCCAGUGACGCUUUGCAGAUGGGCCAUGAUCUAAUUUUAUCUGUUUACACCCAGGUCUCAGCCAGAAGCUGCUGUAGCGAUUUUUUUAGAAUAAGCAUCUGAGUCUAUCCUGAUGUGGGGAUACAUUUAUUAUCCUUGUCAUUUCUUUCCUCCAGAAAUCCGUUGGGUCAUCCAAAGAUUAUCCUAUUCGCUCUCCAAAAAGAGAGGAGAAAUAGCUGUUUAUGCAUAGAUAGCACUGAUGUCUUCUCUCCUUGCAGUUUUCAGACUGAGAUUUGCUUCAGAAAAUCCCUUUCAGUAAAGGAAUUUGCCAGGAAACUUUAAAAAGAAAAAAGCAAGAACAAAAACCUUUGGACGGGCCAUUAGAAAUCAGCGUUCCCAGAAACUUGAAACCUGUAGAGAGAACACAAUCCCCAAACCUCCUAUCUUUAGAGAACUCCUUUAUCAAAAAUAGCCAAAAGGGUACCAGCUAUGACAGGUUGGAUCUGGAGAGGAAAAGCCAUCACAGGACAGUUGCUAGACAGGCCCUUUGCAUUGUAAACAGCCUCAUUCAAACUUGAAUUCGUCCGUGUUUGGUCACAUUUUCUAGGUCAUUUUUAUAGGUUUUUGCCACAAUGUAUGGAGUCCAUGCAACACCAUGGUGUUACUAGAGGUCACGUGGGGAGAGGUAUAUUGCCAUUUCUGUUCACAGAAGAAACAUGCGUGGUGAUGUGGUUGCACAGUGUCCAUUGAAACCUCCUCCUUGCAGAAGGCCACCCUUAAGUUAGGAGCAUCAUUAAGCCCAAGACUGAAAAUGUUGGGCUGGGCGUGAGCUUUAAAUGGCUUCAUUGGACAAGUCCCCAGAAAUUCUUCAUCUUUCUGUAUUCCUCUUCUUCUCACCCACAUCUCUACCCCGCCAACCCUCCCAGACAACUAAAUUUGGCUUGCACUUUGUGAAGUUGUAAAGUUUGCCACCCCCAGCACUGAUAGCCCUCACAUGUCCCGGGGCUGACACAUGCACGUUUUACAUGGCCUUGGAGCCUCAGGAUUCGGCAGGAGAUUUGGUUUGGCAGGAAAUGCGUUACUUCGGUUGGAUUCUAUUUGAUGGCGGUGAACUUUCUUGGGGUUUAAAUCCUUGGAUAUAGAGACUGUAGCGGAGUUACAGAGCUUUAUAGCGAAUUAUUUUCCCAGGUAUGUCUGCUUCUCCAGAACCAAGCCUGGAAAUGAUACCUUUCCACCAGAGCGAUGCGGCCACUGCACCGGUCCUGCCGGUCUGAUAGCGUUAACCGCGAGGGCAGCGCUGGCAGCUCUCAGGUCACAGAAAGGUGCAAAAAAACCCCACAGACCAGGUAUGAUGAGUCUGUAGCCAGUCAUUUUUCCACUCUUUGGUAUCUGCUGUCGGUUUAGGGGUAGGACCACCUUACACAGCUAUGUUUCAGAGUUACCCUUCGAUGUAUUAUGGUGAUCAGGUCGUUGCUUUUACUUCAGUGUCUCCUUGGGGAUUUGACCUGGUUUUUUUGUUCCACACCUCUUGUUAGCCUCACCUUCACCACUCCACUGUUUUAUAUGAGAAAGUUACUUCUUCUUUUGCAAACUUGCUUCAA